AUGUCAGCAAGGCUGCAUUUAACCACUGCGCCACCUCGGCUGAAUGAUGAGGCUUAUCCAUCGUUUGUGGUUUCUUCUUUCCAGAAAGUGGUGACGGCCUUGGAUCGAACAUGGCACCCGGAGCACUUCUUCUGCGCACAGUGCGGAGCGUUCUUUGGCCCUGAAGGUUUCCAUGAGAAGGACGGCAAAGCCUAUUGUCGCAAAGAUUACUUCGAUAUGUUCGCCCCCAAAUGUGGCGGCUGCGCCCGGGCCAUUUUGGAGAACUAUAUCUCGGCCUUGAACACCCUCUGGCACCCUGAGUGCUUCGUUUGCCGGGAAUGCUUUACCCCGUUCAUCAACGGCAGCUUCUUCGAACACGACGGGCAGCCCUACUGCGAAGUGCAUUACCACGAGCACCGCGGCUCGCUCUGCUCCGGCUGCCAGAAGCCCAUCACGGGCCGCUGCAUCACCGCCAUGGCGAAGAAAUUCCACCCGGAACAUUUCGUCUGUGCCUUCUGUCUCAAGCAACUCAACAAGGGAACCUUCAAAGAGCAGAACGACAAGCCUUAUUGUCAGAACUGCUUCCUGAAACUCUUCUGUUGAGGUUCACCUCGCCACCAUCCAUGGUGUCUUCUUCUCCUGCCAGGAAACCCUCGCCUUGUUUUUUUGUUUUGCUGUCGGGUCGUCCCCCGUCCAGCAACUUCAGCGGGUUGAUGUAGGAGAGGAGGAGGAAGAGGAAGUGUGUGUGUGUGUGUGUGUGUGUGAAUGAGAUGCUCGCAGAUGCUCUAGGAAGGUGGAGGAUCAUCCAGAGAAAAGAGGCAACGGGAUUAUGGGGGUUGGAUCUUCUCCAACUUCUCCUCCGUUGGAGAACAUGGGGACCACACCUCCCGGAAUUCUGAGCCAGCUUUGCUUUUUUGGGGAGCUGUUGGGAUGCUAAGAUGCCAAGGUUUGGAAGAUGUCCAAGAAGUCCAAAAGAGAUAUUUGAGUAGGAAGAUGGGACGUCAUGACGUCUGAGAGACACAAAGGACGUUGGGGUGGCUAUGGUGGACAUGGGGUUAAGGAGAUAAACAGGGAAUAAGAGUUGCCUCCAAGGAAGGUAGAGAGCUGGACUCUCCAAUUUUGGCAAUGUUUAAGACUUCUGGGCUUUCACCUUCCCCAGAAUUCUCCAGCCAACCACGGGGAAUUCUGGGAGUUGAAGUCCACACAUCUUAAAAAGUUGCCAAGUUUGGAGACCCACUGAGAGAGGAUGAAAACAUCUGGUGUGGAGUUUGGAGACCCACCAGGGCAAAAUGGUUGUAAAAAUCGGCUGUCUUGCUGGAGCGAUGAAAAUUCUGGUGUUCAUUCCCGUCGUAAGUCGAGGUCUGGUUAUAUUUUGUGGCCGCGCCCGAGAGAAGGGAGAAGUGUUAAAAACCACGAAUUUUGACUAUAUAUAUAUAUAUUUUUAUUCUCCUCCAGCUCAUCUCUCGUGCCUGUGUAAGACUCUUCCCCAGAGAUGACCUUCUGAGCAAUAAUUCAAAAACUUUUUACACCCGACGUAACAAUUUCGUAAAACCUUUGCUAUUCUGCUCAAGCCGUCCCGUCCCCCCCCCCCGCUUCCCGGGGUGUUUUGAUUGUGAGAAAAACACAACCUUUUUUUUUUUUUUUGCUAAUUCAGCCGAAUGCUGUGUGUUUGGGUGAAGAAUGUGGCGUGAUUUUUUUUUUUAACACUGGGUCUUGACUGCAUAACAAAAAAAAUUUAAGCUUUUAAAUCUCUUAUAUGGAAAUUUUAGUUUUAUGAACAAUUUUUCGACGGAUGCUUUAUAUAAGUAUCUGGUAUUUUUUCUCGGGCAGGGCCCUAAGCUUUGAUGGUUCCUGUCUUUACGAGCCUUGAUGCUUUCUUAAAAAAACCAACUAUUAAUUAUAUAUAAAUAUAUAUAUAUAUAUAUAAAAAAUCUUUUUUAAACUGGGGGGGUCGGAGAAGUGGAAUCUAUUAGGAGCGUGUGUAUAUUUUCUUUCUUUCUUUCUUUCUUUCUUUCUUUCUUUCUUUCUUUCUUUCUUUCUUUCUUUCUUUCUUUCUUUCUUUCUUCUCUUUUCGCUUAUUAAGUAGUUUUGUACGGAUCAACUGGAAUGGAAGUUGGCCUCACGAUGGCGGAAAUGUCUUCCCACAGCGCUGGCCUUGAAACAGGGAUGAGCAGCACCCCCUAGAGUCAGCGGCGAUUAGUGGAAUAAAAUCUGUAGGGAUUCCAUUACCUUUCCUUUCCAUUUUCCCCCCUCUCCUUUUGUUUCCAAAGCCUGAAUUUGGGCUGAAGGCUCUUUCAAAAAUCCCGCCUGUUUUAUCUCGCUUUCAACCUGAGAAGGCCCAUCAAACGGUUUGAUGUGUUAGGACAAAAAAAAUAAACAAACAAAUGUGCCUUUCCCCUCAUUUUCUGUGUUUUUUUAAAAUUAAAAUUCUUUUGAGGUGGGCUAUUCUACGUUACUGUAACUUGGGCAAUAUAGGCAGUUUUUUAAAAAAAAUUAAUAUUUUUCCUGUGCUUUACUCCCUUAAAAAAAAAAACACGACAUAACCAUUUAAGUGCCUCAAAAUGAAGUGGCUCUUGAUGAAAACUUCAGCUGUUCUGCUCAGGAAGAGAAGGGGUGGUUUUCCUGUGGAAUUAUAUCUCUCUCCCCCCACCCCCCCCUCUCCAUUUUCUGUAUUCCUUUUUUGCAAUGUGUUGUUCCCCCUUCUUAAAAGUCCCUGUGAUGAUGCUAAAUAAAAGAUUUGGAGACAAGC